AUGGAUUCAAUGGAUCCACGUCUGGUGGCCCAGACGUUAAAUUACCAUGGACAACAGCUUCAGAAAGUUUGGGAAAGCGAAAGGAAUGAAAAUGAACUUGCCAUGCUCAACCUUAAAGAUCCCAGCUUCGAAAUUUAUCAACAACGGCAAAAGACUCUUAGCUUUGGAGAUAGAGGAAAAAGGCUCAAACUACAACAAUUUAUUGCUAAAAAAGCAGAUUCUCUUUAUGAUAAAUCGAAUUUGGAUAAAACUAUUGAGCCCAUCAAGCAGGAACUUGGAGAUGAAGAGUUUUAUGCGACAAUGCCAGGAAUCGAUUCUUUUGUUACUAUGGAAAAGUCUCAACGCAUCAGGAACUUCUUAGAGAGUUUAAUUACUGGUGACGUUAUUUUUGCACAAGUAAUGGGCAAAAGUGCGACAGGAUUACUUUUGAAAGUUCUUUGUAAUUGCAGUGAUUGCCCUAGAGUCGUUAAUGAUUUAGGAGUAAAGGCUCUCAUAUUAAAUACGGCAACAGUACCUGCCGUUGAAAAAGGUGUGGCAAGAGGAUACAUGGCAAAUGAUCUCGUGUGCGUCGUAGUGAGUGAAGUAAACGUUGAUGCAGAACGUAUCGUAGCUGUAAUGAACGUACCUCCUCGCGAGGGUCAAGCUCCACACCCACCGAUGGGUCUUAUACAUUCAGAAGAUUUACCAGAAGCCUAUAAGAAAGCGAUGGACAACAAGGGACAGAGUUAUGAAACAAUCUUGGAGAAAAGUACUGGCUUCAACAAUCCCAACAACAUUAAAUAUCUUUGCGACUUGAUGGGUCUUGGACGGGAACACUACUCUAAUAUGGUGGGCUUGAGAGAGAGAUUUCCUCCUCAUGAAUAUGCUACGGAGUUAAGACAAUCUCAAGCUAGCAAAUGGGCUUUCAAGAGUGUUGCUGAAGGAAUUGAUCAUUUUAAGGCUGGACGCCAUACUGAAGCUUUUCAAUGUCUCAACAAAGCUCUCACUGUUGAUCCGAAGAAUGUUGAAGGACUCGUUGCUCGAGGCGCUUUAUAUGCAAACAGUGGAAGUUUCAAAAAAGCUAUUGACGACUUUGAAACGGCUCUUAAGCUUAAUCAAACACAUGCAAAUGCAAGAAAAUACAUGGCAGAAACUUUAGUAGCCUUGGGUCGAAGUUAUGAGGAUGAGAAAAAAUUCGAAGACGCACAAAAAGCUUACGAAAAUUGUUUAGCAAUAGCACCAUAUCACGAAGAAGCUAGAAAUUCAAUUGAAUAUAUUAAGACUAAAACAAUGGGAGCAUCUGGAUCUCUCAAUCCUUUGGAGACAUUUAAAUCAUUUGAUGGCGAGACUGAAGUUAUUGAUGGAAAGAAAGACAAAAAGAAACGAAAGAAAGAACGUAAGUCAAGGUCCAAAAAGCGGCAAAGAUGGAGUUCUAGUUCAAGUUCUUCAUCAAGUGGAUCUUCAAGCUCAUCAAGUUCAGAUUCUAGUAGCUCUUCAUCAUCUGGAAGUUCAGGUCGAUCAACAUCACGAUCACCAAAUCGUAAGAGAAAGCAUAAGAAAGAUCAUCGUGGUUCAUUGUCACCAUUAAGCAAACGUAUGGCUCAAUAUAAUAAUCCGCCUGCUGCUUCUUCGACUGGUGGAUCUCAUGAUCCUCUUAGCUCCCAAUCUUAUACUGGUAAUUCACGUGAUAAGGAUGACUACGAAAAUAAAGUACGAAAAUUCCUUGAACAAACGAAGGAUGAUUCUGACUAUGAGGAUAAAGUACGUAAAUUCUUGGAGGAAACAGCUCGUUGGAAACGUGAAAAAGAAAAGGAGAAAAAACAAUCAGAAAGUGAUAAAUUGAAGAAGAAAAAAAAGAAGGAAAAGAAAGGUAAAGAAAAAGACAAAGAUGAUAAAAAGUCACGUAAGAAAAAAAAGAAGGAAGAAAGAAAGAAACGUAGAAAUAAGGAAAAACUUGAACGUGAUUUGGAAGCUUUGAGAAAAUCUUCUUUACCCGAUUUGGAACAACUUGAAUCAAAGUUGAGUGCUUAUUAUGCUAAAGUUGAAAAAGAAACAGCAGUACUGAAAAGGUAUUACGCUCAGUAUAAUGACAUGCCUUCCCCCCUUAGUAACGCGGAAAAGCUUACGGAGACUUCACGCCGAGAAGACGAGAUGCGUCGUGACAGAGAACGUGAACGAGAACGCGAAAGAGAACGAGAACGUGACGAAGCCUCCAAAGCUUACCAUGAACGAGAUCCAAGAAUGUCAUUGGGAGCACAACAACGUAAAGGUACAUCAGUCGAUUACCUUGCAGAGGGUCAACGCAAACCAUUGCCGGAUUUAUUUGAACAAGAAUCCCAACUUCUUCAUUCCGAACCGAAGUUCCCCACUUUGGACACAGCAGCUUUGAAUGCUAAAUGGAAAGCUGCUCAAGCUGCACGACAAAAGGAUACUCAUUCGAGCGGAAAAUGGCAAGAUCUUCAUCAACCAGAAAAGAUAAAAGUUGAAAAUGAAGAUAAUGAUGAUAUUGAUGAUAAGCUUCAACGUUCAGGAAUGGACAAAUCAUUUAAUGUUCGUAAACAAAUGCAACGUGAAUUACAAGAUAAACGUUCAAAUCAAACAUCAACAUCGAAUUCAAUGUCAUCGACUAAAGAAUCCAUUCAAAAGCAAACUCCUGUUAAGUAUCCAACUCCACAACCACAAAAUAAAUUCCAAUCAUAUAAAGAUAAUUCAAUGAUGUCUCAACCAUCGAAUUCAAAUAAAUUCAACUCAAACUUGGGAGGAAAAUUCCAACCUAUUGGUCAAAGUCAUCCACCAGAACCACCUGGUCCGCAUCCACCAUCGAAGACUCAAAAAGGUCCAAGAACUGACUCGGAUAGCGAAGAUGAGCGACAUGGUCGUUCCCAACGAAAACGAGCUGGAUCACGUGGGGAAGUUUCCAAGAGGAUGAGUCGAGAUCGACCUGCAAGACGGUCUCGUAGCAGAUCCAGAUCGAGAAGUAGUUCUAGUGGUUCUCGAUCGCGAUCUCCACGACGAUCUCGCUCAAGAUCUUAUUCCAAUCGUAGAUCUGGCAGUUAUGAACGAAAAUAUAGCCGUUCUCCUUCAGGAACAUAUAGCAGAUCUCGUUCUAGAUCACGGUCGAGAUCUUAUUCGCGAAGUCGCAGCCGUAGUAGGUCUAAUGAUCGUGGUUACUACCGUAAACGACAGUUCAGACCUUACAACAACAGAGGAACGUAUUAUAAACCUCGGUUCCAAAAUUUCAAUAAUCAGAAUCACCGCGGAGGUGGCCCUGGUAACUUCCAAAAUCGUAAUAGAUUUUAUAAUAAUAAUCAGCACAAUCGUUUUAAUAAUCGUAAUCGAGGAGGUGGAUUUAAUAAUAGACCACAAAACCGCGGCCGAGGGAACAGAGGAGGACGUUACUUCCAUAAUAAUAAGCCAGGAUAUCGUGACUUCAGAGAUAGAAGAGACUUCCGUGAUCGCAGAAGCUCAAGAGAUAGAUACAGUGAUCGAAGUUUCUCUCCUGAUCCUAUGAGAAAGGUUGAUGAAGCAAAGGAAAAGAUAAAUAAAAUGCUGGAAGGUGGUGAUGAUGUCCACGAAGAACAAACUCCAGUUCCACCACCAAACAAGAGGCACGAUGGGCCUCUAAGUGAAGGUGAAGAGCGUGAUGACGAUGAUUACGAGCGCUGGGACACAACCGAAGGUGGCGAAGCUACUGCGAACAAGAAGGAGGCGAGUCAAUCUGCUGCAGCUGACAUGGAAGGAAAGGCUAACUUUAUUGAACGUAUGAAGCAACGAAGCAAAAAUGUUUUGAUCAGAAGAGAAGCUGCUGCUAAAAUUUGGUAGACAAUCUCGAAAUACUUCAACAUCAUAUCUUUUCUCUCUUCGUCCAGUCGUCGUCUACCUUAGUUGAAACGUUUUAAAUAACAGUGAUUCGAAAAUUUCUAAUUAAAUGUUGUGGAUUAAAAAUAGUUCAACCAUCGCAAUGUCUGCGAUCUAAAUUCAUCUUGUAUAGUUACGAUAUUUUUGCUAAUAUUUAGCGAUCAUCAUUUUAUAAAAUUUAACUCAAUUUAUCAAACCAUAAUAAAUGAAAAAAAAAAAAUUAGAAUAAAAAUUUGUUCUUUCAUCAAAAUAUUUUUGAGCCUAUUUUUAAUCCUUGAAUUUUUGUUAACUAUCCAGUUUUACACAGACUUUGUAAGUAGAACAUAUAAGUGUACUUUUUAAGUUACAUCAUCAUGUAUUUACUUACUACUUGUAUGACUAAGUACAUCUUAUAUUAAUCAGUUUAUGUACAUCUUCAAACAAAAAUAUAUUAUUACCCUGAAAAA